AACUUUUUCAAUUUCUUCAACUUUUUCUACUUCAACUUUUUCAAUUUCUUCAACUUUUUCUACUUCAACUUUUUCAAUUUCUUCGACUUCUUCUACUUCUUCAACUUUUUCGAUUUCUUCGACUUUUUCAAUUUCUUCAACUUUAUUAAUUUCUUCAACUUUUUCAACUUCUUCAACUUUUUCAAUUUCUUCAACUUUUUCUACUUCAACUUUUUCGAUUUCUUCAACUUCUUCGACUUCUUCGACUUCUUCUACUUCUUCAACUUCUUCAAUUUCUUCGACUUUUUCAAUUUCUUCAACUUUUUCAAUUUCUUCAACUUUUUCAAUUUCUUCGACUUUUUC